AUGAAUGACCUUGGGCGACCGAACACAUCGGGCAGCUACCAGAGCGACGACGACAAAUCACCCUACGGAGAAGGACUCACCUCCCACCAGCAGCCUUCAAUCGACAUCGAUGACGGUUUCGAUCCAGCCUACGUCAAGCGAGUCAUCCGUAAGGUCGACUUACGCCUCGUUCCCUUCCUAGCUGCCUGCUACUCUAUUUCUCUCAUUGAUCGGACGAACAUCUCGCUCGCUCGUGCAGCCGGUAUGGGCAAAGAGCUGAAGCUCAGCAUCGGCGAGCGGUACUCGAUUGCUGUGCUCGCCUUUUUCAUCCCGUACAUUUUGCUUGAGCUUCCCAGCCAGGUGGGCCUACGCAAGUUCGGCGCGGCCAUCUGGCUCUCGUCCAGCGUCCUGCUCUGGGGCGUCGUCAUGAUUGCAAUGGGUUUUGUUCACAACCAUCAUCAGCUCGCGGGCCUGCGUGCCCUGCUGGGUGUUUUCGAGGCGACUCUCUUCCCCGGCUGCGCCUACCUUAUCAGCUGCUGGUACAUCCGACGCCAAGUUCAAGUGCGCUUGUCGAUCUUCUACGUCACCUCCGUCGCUAUCUCGGGUCUGUCCGCCAUCUUGGCCUAUGGCCUAGCACAGCUACACGGUCGAGCCGGACUCUCUGGCUGGAGAUGGAUCUUCAUCAUUGAGGGCAUCAUUACCGCUUUUGUUGGACUACUCGGCUACCUUAUCAUCGUCGACCUUCCGGACAAGGCCAAGUUUCUCUCUGAGGAUGCAAAGCAAUUGAUCCUCACCCGCAUUCAACGCGACCGAUCCGACGCGCAGCACGAUGCCCUCACGCUCAAGAAGACGGCUCGCUAUGCCCUUGACAUCAAGCUCUGGGUUUUCGCACUCAUGUUUGGGGCAAGCACAACUGGCUCAUAUGCCCUCUCGUAUUUCCUUCCAAGUAUCCUUGCCGGGAUGGGCUUCGACACAAAGUUCAGCCAGAUCCUCGUCGCUUUCCCUUACAUCUACGCUAUCAUUCCCGCCGUCACGACGGGAUACCUGUCUGACAAGACACAGAUUCGCUCAAUUUGGAUCGUCAUCAACGCCCUCCUGGCAAUCAUGGGCAUGGCGCUGUUCACAUUCCUGCCUCGCACCAUGGUCGCUGGGCGCUACGCGGGUGUCUUUUUGUGCUGCGGUGGAGUCAACUCUAACGUUCCCCUUGUCAUUGGCUGGAGCCAGGUCAGCAUCCGUCAACAGUCGAAGCGUGCAUACACUUCCGCUCUCAUUGUCGCCUUUGGCGGCGUUGGAGGAAUCGUCUCGGCACUCGUCUUCAUGGAGAAGCAGGCACCCACCUACAGGAUCGGAAUCUGGUUCACGAUCGCCGCCCACAUCUUCAUCAUUGUCGCAUGCGCCGGUCUUUCGAGCUUCUUUUCCUUCAGGAAUAGGAAAGCAGACGCAGGCGAAGUUGUGCUCGAAAAUCAUCAAGGGUUCCGCUACCAGCUGUGA